AUGCCAACACUUUUUCAUGUUUAUUCAAAUGUUCAAUCAAAUCCAAUGUUAAAAAAAGCAAUUGAAUAUUGUUGUCGACAAUUCUAUAUCUUACAUCGUAUACCAUUUAUAUUACAAAUGCUUGGUAGUAUAUCACAAUUAUUUGACUCAGAUCAAUCAACUAAUAUUAUUGAUUCAAAUAAAAUUCCACAAUUAUGCUUAUUUCGUUUAUUAAUUGCAUUAGAACAAACAAAUAUUGAUGCUAUGUAUGAUAAUUAUUUUAUAUUAGAAUUAGUUAAAAAUGAUUCAUUAACAAGACACAGAACAUUUAAUGUACCAACAGGAAAUACGUCUGUUGUUGGAGUACUCGGACAAGGAACUUUGAUUGCACCAACAGUUAUUAAAUCAUUAGAUUUUUGUUAUGCAGAUGAUGAUACAAUAUUUACGUUGCUUAAUUGUUUUGAUGUUUGUGUUACUGUUGUUGCUUAUGCGUCGGAUUCGGUUCGUUCAUUACAAAUGCUUAAUGUAAUCGAUAUACUUUUACCAAAAUAUUUAGAAUAUUUAAAAGAUUAUACAAAUAAAAAUGAUAUUCAAAAAUGUGGACGUAAUGAAUUUAAACAGAUUGAAAAGUUAUCUAUUACUAUUAAAAUAUUAAUCAAUACAUCCGAAUGGUUAACACGCACAUUUACUGAACCUAAAUGUGACACACCAUUAGAUGGUAUAUAUAAAUUUUCACGUACUUCAUAUCGUUUACCAUCUAUUGCCAUUGAUGAUGAUUCGACGAAUCGUUUUAUUGAUGAUCGUACGAAGUCUAGAACACAAGAUACUGAUGAACUUAAACAAGCAUCUGAAUUUCGUUGGCCUCGUGAUACAUUGUUAUCUAUAAUAUCAACAUUUAUUCAUUUUUCUACUCAACGUUUAAAUGAAUUGAUUAAAUUAUUUCAUGAUUCAACAAUUCGAAUACCAGAAUUACUUGAUGCUAAAUCACAUAUACGUCUUGCAUAUAUAGCUCAUACAUUACUUAAAUUAGGUAGUUUUGAUCCUAUAACAAUAGGUUGUCGUGGUAUACAAUAUUAUUUUCAAAAAUUAUUACCAUAUACAAAUUGGAGUGAUGAGCAAUUACGACCAGCAUUAAAUCAUUUGUUAAGACGUAUUGAUCGAAUGUUUAUAAAAAUUUGUAAAAAACAAAUAACAAAGCGUUGUUUUGAUUGGGAAGCAACAGCAGGAAUUUUAAAUGGAAUUUAUUUAACGAUUGAUCGACAUCCAUAUAUUGCAUAUUUUCCAAAUUUGAAAGCAUUAAUUUCUGGUUGUAUUGCAUUAAUAUUAAAUGAAAAUCUAGCAGAGUCAAGUCAUAGUGUACCACGUUUAAAUACAUUGAUUUUUCCAAAAGAAUUUUCUCGUUCUGUUAUUAAACUUGUUGGACGAUAUUUAUUAGCUAUUAAUCAUCAACCAAAUUUAGAAGCAUUAACUACAAAUACUAGUUGGUCAUCUGCAAAUCCUUCAUCAGCACUGAAUUUUUUAUUACAUUUUCUUUUACCACUCUUAUUAUGGAUGAGUAGUGAACAGAAAGAUGCACAAAAAAUUCAUUCAAGUGAUAUUUCAUAUAUUAUUACAAUCCUUUUUAAUUCGGUAAAAUUACCAUUAAAACUUGCAACUACUAUGGGUACACAAAAUAUACCAUUAGGACAUCUAACUAAUAGUGGAAAGCAAUAUUUAACUUCUGGAGAAACUAUUAUACCUAAUAUUAACUUUACACAUAAAUCAAUGAAACAAUUAAAAUAUCUUUUACAAACAGCAUCGUUAUUAGGUUUAAAAAUAUUAAUCAUUAGUUUUAGUAAACAAAUGAAAUAUGAAUGGCAACGAACAGUACGAGCAAUAAAAUUAAUGUGUAAUAAACAAUCAAAGAUUUCAUCAAAUCUUUUAUCAUUCAUUGAUUUUAUUGUUUCAUAUAAAACACCAAUUUAUGUCAUUCUUCGACCAUUUCUUUUACAUUAUAUAUAUUCAAUUACAUCAGAAAAUGAUUAUGAUUAUGAAAUGAUUAGAAAUAUUCAACAAAAACUUAUUUUUGACAAAAUAAUACCAUCAAAAUCAAUGAAUGAAAUUUUAAAUGAACUUAUACAAGAAUUAAACCAAUUAAAAGCAGAAUUGAUAGAUGAGUCAAGAGCAUCAGAUGUUUAUGAUACACAUCCGACAACUACAGAAAAAGUUCGACUUGAUACUGAAACACGUGAACAAAUGAAAAAUAAUGAUGAUACUACAACACGAACAAAUUCUAUGCAUGAUAGACGACCAAACAAUAAUCCAACAACAAAUACGUUUCAUUUUUCACAACAGCAACUCAGUGAUACAAAUUUAAAUUUAUCAUGGAAAAAGAGGCCUAAAAAGAUCCGAGCAAACGAAGCUUUAAACAUACUUGAAACGUAUUAUGCUCGAUAUAGAAUUCGAUGUGGUGAUGCUUCGUGUCUGCAAUCUCCAUCAAAUUCACAUUCUUCAUUGCCAUUAUUACGUUCAGUGACAGUUACCGGUGAUCGAAGUUCACCAACAAUUAAUCGUUCAUUUCAACAUUAUAAUCCAAUGGAAGAAAAUGCUUCUGACCAAUCUCCAAUUAAUAACGAAAUAGCACCUAAACUACGAAUAUUUCAUGGAUGGAAACGAAACAUAGCACAUUUAGAUAAAACUCGAUCAACUAAAAGUUCACGUCCAUGGCCUAUAUCAAGAGAAUCAAGUAUGAAAUAUAAUACUACCAAAGAAAUGAAUCCUAUAUUUCGAUCGAUUAGACAAGUCAAUGAACAACGUUUUUCUUCAGUUAUAAAUGAACAAAAAUCUGAUUCGCUCCAUGCACAUGGUUCACAUGAUCAAACAAUUCUUAAUUCAUUUUUCGAUGAUAACAGAAAUCUCGGCGAUGAUCAAACGUCAAAUUCAUCUAUUCCUUUAACGGAGAUCAUUCCAAGACACAGUACAUCACAUAAAAAAGCAUGGAUAUCACGUUUGUCGAAUACAACACCUUCAACUUUUGACGAUGAUGAUGAUGAUGAAACGCAACUUUAA